GUAGGUUAAUAUGAAUCUUAUACUUUGAAUAUGUUCACUUCUUUCAUCAGUGUAGUCUCAUUCAUGAACUUAUUAACAUCUUGACAAGUCAAAUGUAGUUCUGCAUACAGUGAGAGCAAUGUGAGACAGAUCCCCCAGCAUGUUUAAGGAAACACGUGAUAGGAAACCUGAACAGGAAGUUUUCACUGCAGUCUUACACUGUAUUCAUAAAGUCUAUGGUCCUACACUGCAGUUUUUACAGUCUAUGAGUUUUUAAAGGGAGCAAAAAAUCUCUGAAGUUGAUCCGACUGAGGCUGAAAUGUGAAAACCAAAACGCAUAGCCUUGACACAAUGUGCCCUGAAUAAAAUUAACUUUCACUUUCGCUUUUGGGUGUGGUUUCCAACGCUGCCUGAUAACGGAGAAAAGCGGCAGAAAGACGGACUUCUCAACCCUCGACUGAGCCUGUCUCAGUCUCAGUACCUGCAUUUGAAGUCCAAUCAUGGCCAGCAAUUAUUACCACUCUUAUGUGUAUGGCAGUACAUAUGAUGAGGAGCUGAGAAUAGUGAUGGUGGGGAAGACCGGAAAUGGGAAGAGUGCCACUGGAAACACCAUCCUGGGAAGAGAAUGCUUUGAAUCAAAGUUCAGUUCAAAGUCUAUGACUGUAGACUGUCACAAGGGCAAAGGUACAGUUGAGGAACAAAAGGUUGCUAUUAUUGACACCCCAGGCCUGUUUGACACCAGGUUUGGAAUGGACAAGACAGCUAAAGAUAUCAGCCAGUGUGUCGCUUUUGCUUCUCCUGGUCCCCAUGUGUUCCUGGUGGUUAUCAGGCUGGGUAGAUACACUGAAGAGGAGCUGCAGACAGUGCAAAGGAUUCAAGAGAUCUUUGGCCAGGCUGCAGACCGAUACAGCAUGGUUCUCUUCACUGGUGGUGACCUGUUGGAUAUGGAAGAAAUCACGAUUGAGGAUUUCUUGGCUGAAAGCCCAGACUUGCAGGAACUCGCGGCCAGAUGUAACGGCCAGUACCAUGUUUUCAAUAAUAAGCAAAAAAGAGAUCGCUCUCAGGUCACCGUGCUGCUCCAGAAGAUCAGAGGUAUAGUCCAGUGGAACGGAGGAAGACACUACACCAACGAGAUGUUCCAAGAGGCUGCGUGGGUAAUUGAAGAGGAGAGACAACGCAUCUUGAAGGAGAAAGAGGAGCAAAUACGCAAAGAAAAAGAAAAGCUUGAGAAGGAAGCACAGCAAAAAUAUGAAAAAGAGAUGAGGAGAAUCAGAAGGCAACUCCAAGCUGAGAGAGAGAGGGAAAGGGAAGAGAGAGAAAGAGAAAGAUAG